CGAAACCAAUAACUUUUUUUUUAUUUUUUUUAUUUUUCUUUACUAUGUUAAGCCUACUCAUAUGUGAACAAACUCAUCCUUCGAUUUAUCGUCUAAAUUUGUUUUGUUAUUACUACUCUCUUUGUAGUCAAGAGACAAAUAACUUAUGGUUCCUAUGCCAUAGCUUUCUUAUCUACAAAGUUGUCCCAGCCAUUUCAUUUGGAUACUAAAAUGGCAUCAAUGAAGAGUCUUUUGCUCCUUGUUUCUCUUUCUCUGCUGGUUUCUAAUUCAUUGGUUCUUGCAAAUUCCCAUCUUACCGCAGGGACUGAUGAUGGUUCGGAACAAUGGGGAUAUGUUGAAGUUCGACCCAAGGCCCACAUGUUUUGGUGGCUUUAUAGAAGUCCUCACAGAGUUGAGGAUCCAUCCAAUCCAUGGCCUACAAUUUUAUGGCUCCAAGGAGGCCCUGGGGGUUCCGGAGUUGGGUUUGGAAACUUCUUAGAAAUCGGACCACUGGACGUGGAUUUGAAGCCGCGGAAUUCAACAUGGCUCACCAAAGCUGAUCUCUUAUUUGUGGAUAGUCCAGUUGGAACAGGAUUUAGUUAUGUAGAAGAUGAGAGUUUGGCGGUUAAGACUGAUGAAGCGGCAGCAAUUGAUUUGACUGCAAUGUUGAAGGCCCUUUUCAAUGGAAAUGAGACACUACAAAAGAGUCCUCUGUUCAUUAUUACAGAGUCAUAUGGAGGAAAAUUUGCAGUUACUCUUGGGUUAUCAGCUCUUAAAGCUAUUGAAGCAGGGGAAUUAAAGUUACAACUUGGAGGAGUUGCUUUGGGAGACAGUUGGAUUUCUCCUGAAGAUUUUGUGUUUUCAUGGGGACCUCUUCUCAAGGACUUGUCACGACUCGAUAGUAACGCCUUGUACAGUUCAAACAGUUAGUAAAACAAUGUUUCAUAUAAGUAUGAAGAUGCAACAAACACUUGGCAAGUGCUUGAGGGUGUUAUUUCAGCAAGCAGUAACAAUGUGGACUUCUAUAACUUCAUGUUGGAUUCUAGCAAUGACCCUGUUGAAUCAAGAACAUAUGAAUCGAAAGGACUAAUGGUAGAUAGGUACUCGAAAUAUAUGAGCACCAAGAUUUUUUCAUCGAUUAAUAGUGCAUCGGGUCCUGACCUUUACACCGUGAUGAAUGGGCCUAUAAAACAGAAGCUAAAGAUUAUUCCAAAGAAUGUAAUAUGGGAUGGACAAGGUGCAAUUGUUUUCCCAGCAAUGGUUGGAGACUUCAUGAAACCAAGAAUCAAAGAGGUUGAUAAGCUCCUAGCCAAAGGCGUAAAUGUGACCAUUUACAAUGGACAGAUUGAUCUCAUAUGUGCAACCAAAGGAACAGAAGCAUGGAUUGACAAACUCCAAUGGGAAGGUUUGAAAACUUAUUUGAACUUGAGCCGAACUCCUUUGUUCUGUGGAGAAGAUAAUAUAACUACAAAAGCGUUCGUAAGGUCCUACAAAAACCUCUUCUUCUAUUGGAUUCUUGGAGCUGGCCACUUUGUCCCUGUAGAUCAGCCUUGCAUUUCUCUGCAGAUGGUUGGCAGCAUUACUCGAUCACCAAGUAAAUCAUGAUGGAUUAUUAACGUGAAAAGCCAAAUUCUUGAAGUUCAAGCAGUAAACCAGAUGUGGCUGGAAAUGCACUUACAAGGGAUUAACAAACAAUUAAUGUUAUUGAAACAAGUUAUUGAUUGUAAUCGAAUAAUAUUUGUCUUGUAGACAACAAAAUAUUUUCUAGAAAUAGCAAAAAGGAUUUCUUGUCUUA